UAAACUUUUUGCUUUGCCGCAAAUCCUGUGUAGCUGUAAAUGUAUUGCUUGAUACCAAAAACUGCUUAUUAUGCCUCUGGAUUCUUUAAACCCUGGUGAUGCCUUCAAGCUGGGCAUUUUAGGAAGUGUUGAAAAGAGGUCCCUGGAUGCCCCGCGGCGCACUGUCCUCCGCCGCCCAUUGCUUUCCAAUGGCCGGGAGUUGACCCCGCCCACCAGGAUGACGCUGCGCGAGCAGCUGAGGGAGAAGAUCUCGGCGGCCUUCUACCGCCACGGGCUGCUGUGUGCCUCCUACCCAGUACCCAUCAUCCUCUUCACCUCGGCCAGCAUCCUCACCUGCUGCUAUCCGUUAUUGAGGCUUCCCCUUCCUGGGACGGGUCCUGUGGAGUUCACCACAGGGGUGCGAGACUACAGCGUCCCUUCCCAUGAGCCUCAGGGAGACCUCGGGGAACGACCCGACUGGUACCGGGGCCCUCCGGUCGCCUACAUCCAGCAGGUGUUGGUGAAGGCAGCGGUGUCGCCGUGGGACAGCAGCCUGGUGCCGGUGGACAUGUUUCGGUCGCCACUGGGCCGAGUCUUUACGCUGCUGGAGGAGAUCCGUAACCAUGUCCACGCUGACAGCUCCGGGGUUCGAAGUCUGGAGGCGUUAUGUCUCCAGGUGACAGACCUGUUUCCAGGGUUACGACGGAUGCAGUCGGUGCUUCCAGAGCACGGCUGCCUGCUCGUCUCCCCCGGCAACUACUGGCAGAACCAGCGGGAGCUGUUCGACUCGGACCCCGACCUCCUCAAGACCAUCCAGAAACAUGAACCCAAAGGCCUGCACACCUCGGCCACGCUGCGAGAUCUUCUGUUCGGGGUCCCUGGAAAGUACACAGGGGUCAGUCAUUACAACAGGAAGAGGGUGGUGACGUACACGAUCACUGUGGUGUUGUCCAGCUACGAUGCAAGGUUCCUGGGCAGCCUGCGGGCGCGUCUGAAGCAGCUCCACCCGUCGGCCAACUGCAGCCUGAGAGACGACCACAUGGUUCACGUCCACUUCAAGGAGGAGAUCGGGAUCGCGGAGCUCGUCCCUCUCGUCACAACAUAUAUCAUCCUAUUUGCCUACAUCUACUUCUCCACACGUAAGAUUGACAUGGUGAAGUCGAAGUGGGGCCUGGCUCUGGCUGCUGUGGUCACAGUGCUCAGCUCUCUGCUCAUGUCAGUGGGACUGUGCACGCUGUUUGGACUGACACCGACGCUUAACGGAGGGGAGAUCUUCCCGUACCUGGUGGUGGUCAUCGGCCUGGAGAACGUCUUGGUCCUCACAAAGUCUGUAGUGUCCACACCUGUUGACCUUGAGGUCAAACUCCGCAUUGCUCAGGGCCUUAGUAAUGAGAGCUGGUCUAUCAUGAAGAACAUGGCCACUGAACUGUGCAUCAUACUCAUUGGAUAUUUCACUCUAGUUCCAGCUAUCCAGGAGUUCUGUUUGUUUGCGGUUGUGGGGCUGGUGUCUGACUUCUUCCUGCAGAUGUUCUUCUUCACGACAAUACUGUCUAUAGACAUCCGCCGCAUGGAGCUGGCUGACUUGAACCGCCGCCUGCCGGCAGAAGCAGGGCUCCCUCCACCCAAACCAGGCCCACUGCGUCCACGUGAGGUCCCCCCUCCACCACGACCCUCGCCGCACACGAUCACCCUGCAGACCCCGACCUUAAGGACCCUGAGGCUCCCUAAGAGGCUGCGUGUGGUGUAUUUCCUGGCCCGCACCCGCCUGGCUCAGCGUAUCAUCAUGGUUGGCACGGUGAUCUGGAUCGGCAUCCUCGUCUACACCGACCCAGCCGGGAUCCGCACCUACCUGGCUGCACAGGUGUCCGAGCAAAGCCCUCUGGGAGAUCCCGGAGGAGCUGGCCUGCCUCCACACCUGGGUGUGGCCCCCGUCUUCCGGGGUGCAGAUGCCACCAGCACACUCGGAAUUCACCCCGCACCAGAUCCAACUCCCUUACCCGAGAAUCAAUCGCAGGGCCACUUUGGCUCAGCCAGGGCGGGGCCCCUCCCUCAGGCCCCGCCAGCGGUGCCUCAGAUCACCUGGGGGUCCGAGGACGAGGAGGGCUGGAGGAGACUGUCCUUCAGGCACUGGCCGUCGCUCUUCAGCUACUACAACAUCACUUUAGCCAAGAGGUACAUCAGCAUCCUGCCCGUCAUUCCCGUCACCGUUCACCUGAGCCCCCAGGAGGCCAUUGAGACACGUCACCCUCAGGACACGAGACAUCCUCCACCACCCAUCCCCAAAGUCUCUGCAGAUCUACAGACUGACCUCACCCUUUACAAGGUGGCGUUUCUGGGCCUGGCUGCGGGCGUCCUGCUGGUUCUGCUGCUCUUCUGUCUCUACCGCGUUCUUUGCCCACGUAACUACGGUCAAAACGGUGUCACCCAUGGACGCCGGCGCCGAGGGGACCUGCCCUGUGAUGAUUACGGUUACUCGCCCCCCGUCAGUGAGAUCUCACCACUUCUGUUGAGGGGCCACAGCAUGGAUAUCGAGUGUUUGGCCAGUGACGGGAUGCUGCUGGCGAGCUGCUGCCUGGCCGGACAGAUUCGUGUUUGGGACGCCCAGACUGGAGACUGUCUGACCGUCAUUCCAAACCACAGGCUGAGACGGAGCAGCAGCGGCUGCUGGGAGCAGCGGGACGGCUGGGACAGCAUGAGUGGAACCGCAGAGCUGGAGGGUUUAGGCUCUGACGGCUGCGACCGCUGCAACCCUGGUGACGGCCUCUCAGAGGACGAGGCGUACCCACUGAGACGCCGCACUGCCCCCGCCCGGCUGACCCUGUUCACCGACCAGCCCGAUCUCACCCCGCUCAUCGACACCAACUUCACCUGCCAGCCGCCCUCUCACCUCUCCUUGCCCCCCAGGGGAGGGUUUGACUUUGGCGGUCUGGUGGAGCGCGCCUACUUGGAGCACGAGCCCCCUUCUCCCUCUGGUCACCCCUCUCCUUCCUCAACCUCCUCCUCGCCGCCCUCAGCACCUCAACUCCAGAGGAGACCCAGCCUUGGGGAUGCAGCCGGCGCCUUUACCCAGGAAAGAGUCUCCACAGCAGGAAUGCAGGCGACGGCCGACUGGGAAAGCUCCGUCUGGGCCCUGGAGCUGAGAGGGAAUCUGAUAGCUGCUGGGAGGAGCAGCGGUAAACUGGAGCUGUGGGAUGCUGUGGAGGGCUCGUUACGCUGCAACAAUGAAGACGGUGUAUCGGGGAUCACAGCUCUCGCCUUCCUCAACAACAGAAUCGUAGCGGCUCGACUGAACGGGUCUCUGGAUUUCUUCACUGUUGAGAUAAACAAACCCCUGGGUCUGCUGCAGUACAGAGGUGCACCUGGACGAGGCAGCAUGCCUCCGUCUCCCUGUUACAGCAGCGAGGACGCGAUCAGCGUCCAGCUCACGCGCUCGAUACAGUGCGCUCACCACAAGCCCAUCACGGUGCUGCGAGCGGCCGCCGGGAGGGUCGUCACCGGCAGCCAGGACCACACAGUCCGGGUUUAUCGUCUGGAGGACUCGUGCUGCCUCUUCACGCUGCAGGGCCACUCAGGAGGGAUCACUGCCAUCUACAUAGACCAGGUGAGGGUCACUAUGUCGUACCUGCUGGUGGUUCGGGUGAAGUACGGUCUGUCGUUGACCGAGGGCACGGACUCGUCCAUGAGCGGGUACGACUUGAUGAAAGUCAGGGUUUCGUCGGGGAAGGUGGUGGACGACUUGUAG